GAGAUAGUCAUUUCAGAAUAUCUUUUCUAUAUUAUUUCCAUAGUAUUAUUUCCAUAGUAAAGGAAAUCCAUACUGUUUUUUUCUUGAUGCAGUUCAGAAAGAACAAGUAUUUGCACAUUUUAUUGAAGCAAUAUCUCUGUAAAGUGUAUAGUUUCAUGUUAAGAACUGUCCAGAUACUGUCGUGUCGUAUUGACGAAGCACUUUUUAAAACAUGUAUUUCAUUACAGCCUCCAAAUAUUAAUUUCAUUGGCUAUUUAAAUUAAUCAAGGCGUCCAAUAGAAUUAAGAAUACAAAGGUCUGUAUCAUGUUAUCCCAGCCGAUAUCUUUUUUUUUUUUUUGUUUCUUCCUUUAUUUUCAAAUACAAAAUGGCAGGUCGAUCACCUUCUCCUUAUACAAGAAGACGCCCUUCUUCACCACCAAGAAGAAGCCACGUCAAGUCCGAACCUCGUAGUAAUUCCAACAGUCCAAGAAGAAGAAGUCCACCACCACCUAGAAGAAGAGAUCGUAGCAGAUCUCGUGAUAGAGGACGCCGAUCAUCGCCAUCGCCACGUAGAGAUUAUAGACCUUAUGACGAUAGACGAUCACGCCAUCAGCAAAGCGAAGUUGAUGGUAUUCCUAUUUUACCCGGCGAGAGCUUCUCAGAUUAUCGAACUCGUGUAAGAAAUCAAUCUACAAAAACCAUUUGGGCUCGCUCGCCUGAAAGUCCUACACGCUCUGUCUCACCUGAAGACACGCGUAAGUCUAAAAAGAAGCAUUCUAGAAAACAUGAGUCUGAUUCCGAAGAAGACAGCAGUGAAGAGGAACGUCGUCGUCGUCAUAAAAAGAAGCACCGUAAAUCAAAAAGCCAUAAAUCCAGUAGUAGUAGUAGACACAGUAAGAAGAGUAAAAAGUAUUCAUCGUCUGAGGAAUCCAGCGAAUCGGAAAAUGACCGUGAUAAGGAAAGAGCUGUUGUUGAGGUUGAUCCGUCUCAGUUAGAUGCAGUUGAAGACCUCUGGGUAGAGAAAAAAGUGGAUCUUUUGGAUGAUUUGGCACCUGUUGGACCUGCACCUUUGAUUGAAAAUGAUGAUCAUAAUGUUAGAGCUUAUGGCUCUGCAUUGCUUCCUGGUGAAGGUUCUGCAAUGGCAGCUUAUGUGCAACAAGGUAAACGUAUUCCUCGUCGUGGUGAAAUUGGUUUGAGUGGUGAUCAGAUUCUUGACUUUGAAAAGGCUGGUUAUGUCAUGAGUGGUAACAGACAUCAACGUAUGAAUGCAGUACGUCUCCGUAAAGAAAAUCAAGUUAUUUCGGCCGAAGAAAAGCGUCUUGUUUUACAACAUGCUCAAGAACAAAAGAUGAAGCGUGAAAAUGAAAUCAUUUCUGGGUUCAGAGAGAUCCUCAGUGAUAAAUUUAAAAAGGAAGAAUAAAAUGCUUAGAUUGACGUAAUGACUCGUGUAUCAAUGAAAUAUUCUCCGUGUGCAAAUGUGCAACCCUGCCUAAAAAGCAAAGAGAAAGAUCGUCAUUUUAACCUGGAUAAAUCAUUUACCCGCGGUUAGCCCUUUCUUAAAAAGCAAUUGUCUCAAUUC